GCCACAGACGGCCUCUUCUCUCGGCGCGGUUUAGUCCAGAUCGUCCAGAUCGUUCAGUGCUUGCGUAGAAGGCAGUGAGUACGUUAGCUGCGCGGUUGCCGGGCCGCUAUGGCUCCGCGCUGCGUCAUGUUUUCUGUGUAUUUAUUGACAGUGAUUAUGGUGUUAACUGUAAAGGGGGAAGCUACGACAUUGCGAACUUGUGAACCCAUACGUGUGGAACUAUGUUGGGGUCUCGGCUACAACGUAACUGGAAUGCCUAACCUUGUGGGCCACGAAAUACAAGGCGAUGCCGAUUUCACUCUUCAGACAUUCUCUCCUCUGAUCCAGUACGGCUGUUCGGCACAGCUCCACUUCUUUCUGUGUUCCGUCUAUGUACCCAUGUGCACGGAGAAGGUCGCUUCACCCAUUGGACCAUGUCGUGGACUGUGCGAAUCAGUGAGAGCCCGCUGUUACCCUGUCUUACAGGGAUUUGGAUUCCCUUGGCCAGCUGCAUUGAACUGUUCCAAGUUUCCAUUGGAGAAUAACCACGAACACAUGUGUAUGGAAGGGCCCGGUGAAGUGGGGGUUGGACCGCGGACUGGACUUGUGUCUUCUGAUGCCGCGACGCCAGCCAUCUCGAGAAUCCCAACUAUAUCACGAACUUCCAGUGUUACACCCUGUUCUCGUUACGUGCGCCAUAACCGUUAUGUGUAUGUAAAUCGCACGAGACGGUGCAACCCGCUUUGUGAUGCCGACGUCUUGUUUGAGAGCCCAGACAAGUACCUGGCUGAAGUUUGGCUGUCCGUAUGGGCUGGACUCUGUUUCAUUUCCUCUCUUAUUGCCGUGCUAACGUUCCUGGUUGAUUCAGGCGGAGGACAAGCGAGGUUUCGAUAUCCAGAGCGCCCCCUUGCCUUUCUGGCACUCUGCUACAACUUGGCUAGUGUGGGAUGGGGGGUUCGGGCCGCGGCUGGACGUACAGCUGUCGCUUGUAGCCCCGACACUCAAAAUCCUUCCAGGCUCCUACUGUCGCAGGACGGACACAUAAACGCAAAUUGCGCUGUAGUUUUCCUCUUGCUCUACUACUUCGGAACCGCCGCCGCAGUUUGGUGGGUGGUGCUAACGAUGUCCUGGUUUCUGGCCGCUGCUCUUCGAUGGACUCAUGAACGAAUCCAGCAACAUUCGUCGCUAUUCCACCUAGCGGGCUGGGGCCUUCCUGCUGCGCAAACCAUCGCAGUGCUCGUCCUACAAGACGUCGACGCCGAUGAACUGACAGGUGCGUGCUACGUGGGAAACCAGGACACCAAGUCACUGCUUGUAUUCGUCCUGGCACCUCAGUUCCUGUACCUGGUGCUGGGCGCCUCGCUACUUCUGCUCGGUUUCCUGGCGCUCUUCCGCCGCCAUCCUCGGGCUGUAAAAGUCGCCACAUCUGCUGCGCGACGCGACGCCAAAGCUGAUAAACUCGAGAUGGUUACUGUUCGCCUGGGAGUGUUCGGCGUACUGUACACAGUACCCACCACCUGUGUGGUAGCGAGCCUCUUUUACGAGUAUUGGUCGCGUGACGAAUGGCUCAUGGUUUCAUCAGUGCCUCGUUAUCAACCUCGGCCAAGUUUGUGGAUUUUUUUGUUGAGACUUUUCAUGUCUCUUGUCGUUGGGGUCACGGCUGCAGUAUGGGUUUGGUCUCCUAAAACACUGCGAGCUUGGAGACGUCUGUUCCACCGAUUGGGUCCUUACAAACAGCCCCCAGUGAAGUGCCAUCCCAUUCAAUAUUAUGCAACUCCCCCUCACCUCCCGUCUUCGGCACAGCAGAGGUCACAGCAUGGACACAAGCCACACAGAAAACAUCGCAAACAUGGCAGUGAGACCACGGUCUAAUGCCAUAAAAAUUAAUUUAAAAGUGCCAAGUGUGUCUUAUCCUUCAUAUUUACUAUUCCUGUACACAUUCUUUAACACUUCUCUCAUAAGAUCGCAAGAUGACAAACAGUUGAGAAAUUUUUCUCGUAUGCACAACCUAGUGCACAGCGAAGCCAAAGCAGGAUUGAAAUUUUUGUCAUUUCUGUGAGUUAUUGUGCUUUUCGCUACUACAAAAAGUUGAAAAACAAAUGAUAAAAUUGCAUUCUGGUGUAUAUUCCUCGCAUGCCGAAAUGCCCGAAGUGUACAUAAA